AUGGCUACCGAACUCCACUCUUUGACAUCGGCACCGAUGCAAACCUUUGUCUUCCCCUCUAAGGCUACUACCACUCCUUCAAAACGACCCUCCAGUUCUUCGGCUCUCCCGAAUAGAAAUAGUGUUCCAUCUGGAAUGCCCAGUCCGACAUAUUCUGAUAAUGGAGCGAGUCCUGGAAAUAGUCCAUCAAAUUUCGUUUUCCCCAUGAGGCAGACAGCGACUUUCCCUCGAUCAGCUGUUAACCUGUUAGCUCCUACUCCUGCAAAUGCUCAAUCACGGACUCCACCUGCAUCUCCGACUCCACCAACUGCUACACUUGGUGAGAGGCGUUUUCAUGCGCGAAGGCAAAGCGAUAUUGCCUCAGGGAGCAAACCCCUAUCUCUAGGAACUAUCAAUCAGCCUUUCAAGUUUGGAGGUAGUGUCACCACUCCUUCUCCAUCAAAAAGUGCUACCAGCUCUCCAAGCAAGGAAGGAACAUCUCCCAAGUUUUCAUCCCAAAAUGGUCUUCUUUCUCCGCCCCCAGAUGCAUCCAGCCCAGAACCUCCAAAAAUCGAAAAGGGAACGGCUGCACCACCGCCCCCGGGUAUGCAAGGGCGGCGUGGACAUGCCCACCGCCGCAGCUCUGCCAUGAGUAUGAGCUCGGCCGAUGUUCUUAACAUGAUGUUGACCGCGGCCAAAGCCAACAACCCUACCAACACCAACAAGGGUGCUGGCAGUGCUCCAUCCAGUCCAGCAUCUAGUCCCGAUGGUCCUGUCAAAGAAUCCGUUGUUGGUGUUGUAGAAGACGUUUCAGGUCCUGUAACCGAUGCCAAGAUUGUACUAGAGGUGCCGUCAAGCGCCGUCUCAUGCGAUUCUUCUGCUUCUUCGGUGGUCAAUGCUACGGAUGAAUCCGUCGAAUCGGCUAGGACUUCGGUUGAGGAGACCCCUCGUAAGCCCAGGGUAACCUUCAGUGAUGCCACGGAAAUCAUUCCACGUCCUGCCUCUGCAGGAACUUGCAGCACUUUCACCACCAUACGUGGCGAAAGCGUAAGCAGCCUACACGGCUACAGAAACUCGAUCAGUAGCAUGGAAGAAUUGCAUCCUAUUGAUUCCAGAGGAAGACGUGCAUCUGCAUCCGACGCUUCAAGCACACCUCGGGUUCCGAGAACAAAGACUGACCGUAGACCAAACUCUGCUGACGCCGCUACUCUUUUGAAUGGCGCCCACAAGGCCAGUUGGUUGUUCCCACCCUUGUCCCCGAAGAAUCCCUCUAGUAAGAAGAAGGGACACGCUAAGCAUCUGUCCGAAUCAUCGGCUGCUGAGAAGCCAAAGCGCAAAAGCAGAAAGUCCUCCAACCCUGAUGGUACACCCGCCACCCCUAAGAAGGUAAAGGGCGGUAUGAAGGGAUGGGCGGGAACAAUUCUCUUGCGCAGAUCGUACAAGAAGCGUCAGCUCAAGAACCUUCCAAGAAGGACACCGACCCCACCCACAAUGCAUCGAGAUGAGAUCCAACGUCUCAUGCUUGAGGGAAACUAUGUUCUCAUGCCUACGGGUGUGGCGGACUAUGAACCACGAGAGUCGUCCAGCCUGGAAGAGCCUGGGUUCGAACCCAUGAUUGACUUGGGAGCGUAUGAAGCCGAUGCUGAAUUUGAAUUCCCAGUCAUUGAUCUUGAUGCUGCCCUCGGCCCACUUAGCACCCCAAAGUCUCCUAGCAGACCACUUUCCGGAUUCGAAUCCGCAAGGAAGCGUAUGCACUCUGCUGCCGGAUGGAAUUGCUACCACCGACGUGCAGAGAGUAUGCCUGAAAUGCAACUCUUCUCCCUUGCUGAGGACGAGAUCGAGGGAGACGGAAUGGGAGAUGUUUUUGAAGAUACUGAAGAAGAAGAUGAUGAUGAUGAUGAAGAGGAAGAGGAAGACGCUGAUCUUACGCUCACUGUUGAAGACCUCCCUAAACCAGUCAUGCCCGCUGGGCUUGCACUAAACUGGGAUACUGAUGAUAGUGAGAUUGAGGAGCUCGAUAUCGUUGACGGCGUAGCAAAUGUCCGCAAAGGUAUCAAGCGCAAGAUGAGCCGCCUGUCGGAAGACACCGACCCUGCAAGCGAGUCUCAACUAUCAGAGGAUGUGGUAAUGAAGACCGAUGAAGCUCUUACAUCAACAGACGCCCUUUCCAUCCCCACACCUACCACUGACACCCAGCUUUCUCCAAUCUUCAACACCAACAACCUCCUAACAAAACCAAUGAGCAACGCCAGCGGAAAUGUUUCUUACAACUCUUUACAUCAUGCUUCAUCAUUCGACCAAACACCAGCAGUUACACCUAGCACCACCAGCACUUCUAUCUGCCCACCUACGAUGCCCUCCACACCCCAUACAUCGGACUUCUUGCUUCCACCUGUUCCUCACUUGUUCUACCAGGAGGAUGACCGUGUGACAAUAAUGUCAGGUGCUUCCAUCUAUGAGGACCCUCUUCUUCUUGGAGAACCUGGCCCGGAAAUCAGAAUGAGUGUUUCGGUUGAUGACAUCCCCGCAACCUCUCACUCUCAAACAAAGCGUUUCUAUCCUUUCUUCGGUGGUAGCGCUUCAUACAGCACCAUGCCUGACGUUGAAACCGGGUCCACAGGUACACCCGAGAAGGUCAAAGAGAAGAAGGAAAAGCGAUGGAGCAAAAUGUUUUCAUUCUGGAAAGGCAGAUCGUCUACCAAUUAA